CGGGCGGCAGGGAUUCAGGAAGCGCCGCGCCGUCCAGGAGGCCGAGCAGUGCAGACGGGUCCCGGGCCGGCAUGGCGGAUCCCAACGAAGGCCCCCACACAGGGCCCGGGGAGGUGGCCGAGAGCCCCGGGGAUGAGAGCGGCACCCCUGGCGGCGAGGCCUUCCCCCUCUCUUCGCUGGCCAACCUGUUUGAGGGGGAGGAUGGUUCCCCUUCCCCCUCCCCGGCUGACACGGGUCGCCCUGCCGGCCCGGGUGACGGGCGACCAAACCUGCGCAUGAAGUUCCAGGGUGCCUUCCGCAAGGGGGUGCCCAACCCCAUCGACCUCCUGGAGUCCACCCUGUAUGAGUCCUCGGUGGUGCCUGGACCCAAGAAGGCACCCAUGGACUCGCUCUUUGACUAUGGCACCUAUCGUCAGCACCCCAGUGACAACAAGCGGUGGAGGAAGAAGGUCACCGAGAAGCAGCCGCAGAGUCCCAAAGCUCCCGCGCCCCAGCCGCCCCCCAUCCUUAAGGUCUUCAACCGGCCUGUCCUCUUUGACGUCGUGUCCCGAGGCUCUACUACCGACCUGGAUGGGCUGCUUCCCUUCCUGCUGACCCACAAGAAGCGGCUGACUGACGAGGAGUUCCGGGAGCCGUCCACAGGGAAGACCUGCCUGCCCAAGGCCCUGCUGAAUCUGAGCAAUGGCCGCAAUGACACUAUCCCUGUGCUCCUGGACAUUGCUGAGCGGACGGGCAACAUGCGGGAGUUCAUCAACUCGCCCUUCCGGGACAUCUACUACCGAGGUCAGACCGCCCUGCACAUCGCCAUCGAGCGGCGCUGCAAACACUACGUGGAGCUCCUGGUGGCCCAAGGCGCUGAUGUCCAUGCCCAGGCCCGGGGGCGCUUCUUCCAGCCCAAGGACGAGGGAGGCUACUUCUACUUCGGCGAGCUGCCCCUGUCGCUGGCAGCCUGCACCAACCAGCCCCACAUCGUCAACUACCUGACGGAGAACCCGCACAAGAAGGCCGACAUGCGGCGGCAGGACUCCCGCGGCAACACGGUGCUGCACGCGCUGGUGGCCAUUGCCGACAACACCCGCGAGAACACCAAGUUCGUCACCAAGAUGUACGACCUCCUGCUGCUCAAGUGUGCCCGCCUCUUCCCCGACAGCAACCUGGAGGCCGUGCUCAACAAUGACGGGCUCUCGCCCCUCAUGAUGGCGGCCAAGACGGGCAAGAUUGGGGUCUUUCAGCAUAUCAUCCGCCGGGAGGUGACAGACGAGGAUACGAGACACCUGUCCCGCAAGUUCAAGGACUGGGCCUAUGGGCCGGUGUAUUCCUCGCUGUAUGACCUCUCCUCCCUAGACACGUGUGGGGAAGAGGCCUCUGUGCUGGAAAUCCUGGUGUAUAACAGCAAGAUCGAGAACCGCCACGAGAUGCUGGCCGUGGAACCCAUCAAUGAGCUGCUGCGGGACAAGUGGCGCAAGUUUGGCGCUGUGUCCUUCUACAUCAAUGUGGUCUCCUAUCUGUGCGCCAUGGUCAUCUUUACCCUCACCGCCUACUACCAGCCGCUGGAGGGCACCCCCCCGUACCCUUAUCACACCACUGUGGACUACCUGAGGCUGGCUGGCGAGAUCAUCACGCUCUUCACCGGGGUCCUGUUCUUCUUCACCAACAUCAAAGACUUGUUCAUGAAGAAAUGCCCAGGAGUGAAUUCUCUCUUCAUUGAUGGCUCCUUCCAGCUACUCUACUUCAUCUACUCCGUGCUGGUGAUUGUCUCGGCGGCCCUCUACCUGGCGGGCAUUGAAGCCUACCUGGCUGUCAUGGUCUUUGCCUUGGUCCUGGGCUGGAUGAACGCCCUCUACUUUACCCGUGGGCUGAAGCUGACGGGAACCUAUAGCAUCAUGAUCCAGAAGAUCCUCUUCAAAGACCUUUUCCGCUUCCUGCUGGUCUACUUGCUCUUCAUGAUUGGCUACGCUUCAGCCCUGGUGUCCCUUCUGAACCCAUGUACCAACAUGAAGGUGUGCAGUGAGGACCACACCAACUGCACGGUGCCCACAUACCCCUCGUGCCGUGACAGCGAGACGUUCAGCACAUUCCUCCUGGACCUCUUCAAGCUGACCAUCGGCAUGGGCGACCUGGAGAUGCUGAGCAGCACCAAGUACCCGGUGGUCUUCAUCAUCCUGCUGGUCACCUACAUCAUCCUCACCUUCGUGCUGCUCCUCAACAUGCUCAUCGCCCUCAUGGGAGAGACGGUGGGCCAGGUCUCCAAGGAGAGCAAGCACAUCUGGAAGCUGCAGUGGGCCACCACCAUCCUGGACAUUGAGCGCUCCUUCCCCGUGUUCCUGAGGAAGGCCUUCCGCUCUGGUGAGAUGGUGACCGUGGGCAAGAGCUCGGACGGCACCCCAGACCGCAGGUGGUGCUUCAGGGUGGACGAGGUGAACUGGUCUCACUGGAACCAGAACUUGGGCAUCAUUAACGAGGACCCGGGCAAGAGUGAGAACUACCAGUACUAUGGCUUCUCGCACACCGUGGGCCGCCUCCGGAGAGAUCGCUGGUCCUCGGUGGUGCCGCGCGUGGUGGAACUGAACAAGACCUCGAACCCAGACGAAGUGGUGGUGCCUCUGGACAACAUGGGGAACCCCAGCUGCGACGGCCACCAUCAGAGUUACCCCCCCAAGUGGAGGACUGAUGACGCUCCCCUCUAGGGGCUGUGGGCGGGGCAGGGUCUCUGGCCUGCAGCCCAAGCCCGUCCCUCCACCCGCCUGUUUCUACCCCACCUGCAUUUCAGCGGUGCCUCCCGGGGGCGUCCCUCACGUGCUCCUUUGACCUCCAGAGGCGAGGGCUGGACACAGAUGAAGGGGAGGCCCCAGGACCCUCUGGCCCCCAGGCUCCUGCCCCCAGCUCCGCCUCCCCACCCGGGGCAUGAGGCUCCUGACUGCCUGUCUCACUCCCAUGGAGUCACAUAAGCCAAGGCAAGGGCCUCUCUGCCCACGGGGGCUCAGUGCCCUGCCUCUCCAUUAUUUAUUUGCUCUGCUCUCAGGAAAGUGGUAUGAUCCUUGCCCUCAGAGGGAUCUGGCAGAGGCCUCGGGACCCCAUUCCAGGUCACCGCCGUCCAACCCCAGCCCCAGCCUGGGCCCUGGGCUGCACACGGCACCCUGUGCAGCAGCAUGCUGGCUUUGCGUUGGGGUGGGGCCGUGCCUUCAGUGUGUUCUGUAAAUGG